AUGCAGGGGGAGGUUGACGCCACCACCUUUUCCCUCCGGCCGGAUCACCAGCACAAGUUUCGCCCGAAUGAGCUGAAGCCAAUUGCAAAGUCGGUGCUCGAGAGCCGCCUGGAGGACCAGGAGUACAACGCCGAUGAGAUGCAGAACAUCAGCAAGGAAAUAGCCGACACCGUACGCGAUAAGAUUCGCUUGAAGAACCUGGAGCGCUACAAAAUUAUUGUGCACUGUAUGAUUGGUGAGCAGCGUGGUGAGGGUAUGCGAACGGGGUGCAAGAUGUUCUGGGACUCCGACACAGACAAUUACUUUGAGGAGGUGUACGUGAGCAAGCACCUGUUUGCGACGGUGACAGUGUUCGGUGUCUACCAAUACUGA